CAUCCUUGUGUGUUUGUUAUCAACAAGCCCUCAACAAAACACACCAGAAUAUAUAUUUUUUUCAUUGGCAAGCAAUCAUAGCACACAUGUGUAUUUAUAUAAAUAAUGAUAAUGAGGCUUUUUGGAAUAAUGUAAAAAGUCUGUUCAUACCUCAACAUUGUUAUCAGUGUCUUUUCUUCGCAAUUAAUAUUUCAACUACUUAGGUUCGUACUUUUUAACUUUGAAUGCUGUGAUAACUAGCUAUCAUGAUAAGUUGAUGAUAUGAAGACAUUUUGAGUCUUUUGCUGUUUAUUGGGUUUGGAGAACUCUGGAACAUUUUGGAUACUUUUUUAAUGUAAUUUAAGAACUUUGAACUUGUGCUACCAAAGAUCCAGCUAAAAUUUAUUAUUACUGGAUCUUUGCUCAAGUAAAAUUUGCAAACCAAUUUUCUUUAAAAAUCGGAAUUAGGGUUUUCAAUCCCGGGUUUAAAAUGUACUGGAAUCAAUGCAAUUACUUUAAAAUUGUGAGCAUAAGCAAACUUUGCCAGUCUAGUUAAAACUUGAAACCUAGUAAACCUGCGGAUCUAGCAGAUUUUUUCACAAAAAAUAGAUCCAGACCAAAAAAAAAACUCUGAGAAAUACCAAAAAAAUCUGAUGAAAUUCUCUUCGUCAUAAGCUAGUCGGCCCUCAUUUAAAUACAGGAACGUGAUAUUCAUUCAGAAGACAUAACUUCUGUCCUUGCCAAAAGAAGCUAUUAUAGAGUGAGUGACUCGAAAAAAACAUAUUAAAUAGCAUACACGAGCUACAGAAGAAAAAAAAAAUAUUCAGAUGUAUAUAAAUUAUCACAAGUCUUUCUCAUGUCAGCUGGAACUAGAAGUCCAAAAACAGUUUUUCGACGUGUAUAAGAAAGAAAAUAAAAAAAAAAUUGUGAGGAUAAGAAGUAGAUAUACAUGUAUCUCUAUACACAUAUUCGUACAAAGGCAACUACGAUCGGGAAUGAAGAAACUUAAGAAUUAAUUAUAUAUCGUACACGCGCAGUCUAAAAUGAAUUAAGAAGAAGACUCAGAGAGAAAUAAAUAUCAGAAGAAGGAAUUGCACGUCUUAUUUUUCACAGCAGCAGAUACAAAGUAAUAAUUUUUUAUUUUUUUGAUAAAAAAGCGGAUUUUUUAACAAAAGAAAUUUUAUGCUAUACAUAAUGAGCUGCUGCUGCUGCUGCACUUGAGACGAAUUUUAUUUAGACGUGGUAUUUAAAAAAAAAGUCCAUUACAUACAUUCGUAUACAUUAUGUGCAUCAGAACCAGCAACAUAGUUCUACUCAUGCAUUUGUUGUUGCUUCCGAUAUUCAUAUACAUUUUCUUUAUGUCUCUUUUAUGCUUGUGUAUGUAACAUACGAUGUGCAUGCAAAAAAAGAAUUAUUAUUGUCGACAAGAGAAAGAGCAUGCAUAGGUACUGAAAGAAAAGUUUUUCAAAGGGCACGUGGAGGUGCACAACGGAGAACGCCUUUUUCUUCAUUCCCUAUGUUUUCCUCGGCACUAACACACUCAUGUUGUGGCUGAACAAAAAAAAAGACCCGAAGACUUUAAAUGUAGUAGAGCAAGAAAGAGGCAAUAGCGAGAACGCCAACGAUUCGUUGCUUGUGGAUUGUGAAUGAUAAAGAAUUUUUUUUUAUGUAUUUACUCAUCUACUUUGUCUUCAUAUAAAAUGCGAAAAAAAGGAAUUGAAUAAAAAAACCGGCACAAAAUUAUUUGACAUACAAAAAAAAAAUGUAUUUUACGUUGUGUCUUGCCUUAACUUGUCAGGUAUAUUGGCGAUAAAAAUUGUAAUUAUAGUCACAAAAAAUGAAUUUAGAUAAACAUGACAAAUUUAUGAUCCAGCACAAUUAUCAGCAGUACAUAAAGAUUUCUGAUAUCAUUUGAAGGUUGUUGAGUUUUAAAAUUUUUUUUGGCGUAGCUAAGUCAGCAUGAUUGAGAUAAUUUUAUCAUGUUGCACUGUUACUGACCUAUCAGCAAUAAAAAUUAGUUUUUUUUUCUUGUUUAUAUUAUUUUGUGCCUCGAAUUUUUUUAUUUUCGUCUCUCUUGAUCACUUAAUCGCUGUGUCUCAUUCCGUGCUCUCUCAUCUUUUACGAGCAUCAUCACGAGCAGCUUUGUGAUGUUGUUUAACAUCUUACCGAGUUAUUUUUAAAAAAUAUACAAAUACUACCUUCGCUUAUCUAAUGCUUAAUAACGGCACGUGCACUCAAAAUUCUGUGAUUUGAGUCAGAAAAUGAUUUUUUAAAAUUCUGGUUCUUCCCUUAAUAAAUCUAAGGAAAAUCCCUAACAACUCUACACAUCAUAUACACUUGUGUUUGUGUUGUGGAAAUUUUUCACUUCCAUUCCAGCGAUAAGCACAUUGUGGAAAUGCGGGGAAAAAAUGUUAAGAGAUCACCGAGAAAAUAACUCCACAAAAACAAAAAAAUAUUUGUGCAUUACACAAACAUAGGCCUGUAUAUAUGUGUUUGUGGAUUCUCUCUUCAUUCUCUAUUCGUGGUUCCUAAACAACUUCCAAAAUAAUUUUUUUGUAUUUCUUCAAUUUUCGACUGUGAAAAAAUAAUUUUUUGAGCAUUUCUGUUUUUCACUUCAACUCGAAUAACUCGGUUAGGCAGUUGUUAUUUACAAGUCUAACAGUGCACAUCUAUUCGCGAGGAUAUAAAGGAAAUAAAAAUAUUAACUUCAAAAAUUAAGGAAGUUAUGUGAAAAUUUGCAAUAAAAAUUAAGCAAUUUUUGAGAAAUUAGAAAAAAAUAAAGUUUGAAAAAAUGGAACAAAAAUUGAAUGUUUGGGAUAAGCAACAGCAAAAUUGGCUGAAAGAAAUUCUUUCAAAGUCCGGUACGGAACUGAAAGAAAUUGGUGAUAAAAAUGAAAUCCGUAAAAAAAUGGUGUAUUAUGCUAUGCCGCUUAUUAUGAAAUCUGAAAAUGGUGCUCCUCAACAUCAGCUCUGUCUUAAUUCCAAUCAAAUGGUGGUUAGUGAUAAUUAUAAUGGACAGUUGCCAGCACCACAACAGCCUCAAUUAAUAAAUUUAUCAAAUGGAGAUGCAUCGCCAUCACAGCAACAAAAUAACUAUACGUAUCAACUAUUAACGUCGAGUGAUCAACAAAAUCAUCAUCAACAUCAGCAAGUGCAACAGCAAAAUGUACUUCCGCAACAAACCAUCUCAGUCCGAACGCCAAAAUUGGCAAAGUCAUUUAAAUGUGAUCAAUGCAAUAUGACAUUCACGACAAAGAGUGCUCACACGAGUCACAUUAAGUCGCAUGCCAAGCAGCAAGGAGUUAAUUCGCAAUCGGGCAAUGCCAGCAAUAUUAAUGCAACACAGCAAAUGCAAUCGUCAGAUCCAUAUCAAUGUGACGUAUGUAAAAAGACUUUUGCCGUGCCAGCAAGACUGGUACGACACUAUCGAACUCAUACCGGGGAACGUCCGUAUCAGUGCGAGUUUUGUCAGAAGAUGUUUAGUGUUAAGGAAAAUUUACAAGUCCAUCGUCGAAUCCACACGAAAGAGCGGCCGUAUAAAUGUGACGUUUGCGGUCGAGCUUUUGAACAUAGUGGAAAACUGCAUCGUCAUAUGAGAAUUCACACAGGAGAACGUCCACACAAAUGUUCGAUAUGUGAAAAGACUUUUAUUCAGUCGGGACAGCUGGUUAUUCACCUCCGUACUCAUACAGGUGAAAAGCCUUAUAGAUGUCCUCAAGAAGGAUGCGGAAAGGGAUUCACUUGCAGUAAACAAUUGAAAGUUCAUUCCCGAACCCAUACAGGAGAAAAACCUUAUCACUGCGAUAUCUGCCUGCGUGAUUUUGGAUAUAACCAUGUACUGAAGCUCCAUCGAGUGCAACAUUAUGGCUCGAAAUGCUACAAAUGUACGAUAUGUGAUGAGACUUUUAAGAAUAAGAAAGAAAUGGAGGCACACAUAAAGGGCCAUGCCAAUGAUAUUCAGUCAGAUGAGAAUGGUGAUGAUAUGAUGAUUGCACGAUCACCGAAUUCGAUUCAUCAGAAUGAAACCAAACAUAGUAUUUUAUUAAACACUCCAUCGAAUUCAUCGUCAUCAGCAACUCCAUCGCCAAAUGGAUUGCCACUAAAUCAUCAGAUUGUAACAAAAUAUGAAAACAAUGAGGGAUCAAAUAUAAUUAACUUUGCUGAACAAUUUUCAAUUCUUAAUGCAUCGUCGACGCCUCCAUCAGCAUCAAUGUAUCCAGACACACCAAAGGAUUCUGAGGCGAGCAGUGAGCAGAAUUCAGAUGGUGAUGAUGUUACUUAUAUUAAUAUGUAUUCGCGUUUUGAACAAAAUGUUGCUAAUCAAUAUGGAAUGUCAGCUACUCUACAACCAAUUACACCUACCUCCAACAGUAGCAGUAAUCAUACUGCUAAUAAUCCAAAUUUGAUCACACUGAAGCCAAUUCAACAGCAACAGAAUGCAUCACAGCAUGUUUAUGACAUGAGUCUGCUGAGGAACAAUGGCUACUUUGGUGCUUCAAACAUGCAACAAGCCAAUGACUACAAACCUUCAAAUCUCGUAAGAUGCGUCGAAGCUGCCCUCGAGCUAACUCCACCCAGAUCGUCUCCAGAAUCAUCAUCACCUGAUCGCUCAUCGUCACCCGAUAGCGACUCACUUCUUAUGGCUGAUCGAGACAACAACACAUUACCACCAAGAAAACGUAAAUUGUAUUUUAAAGAUAACCAGUCAAACAUUGCAGCGCCAAAAUCGCAGGCUCGCAUCAGUUCAGUCAUCCAGUAUGCCAAGUCAUCGUAAUGAACGAAAGUAAAGGUAUAUCAGACACACAUACAUAUAUUUAAAUCAAUUUGAAGAACUAAGAUGUAAACAUUAGUCCCGGUGAAAUAUUAGAUCCAGUUAAAGAAAUGAGUUAAAUUAUUAAUAGAAGCGCUUAAUUAAUCGUGAGCAUUUUUUCAUAACAUAACAAAAAGAGAAAGAUAAUUGAGUUAUUGUGUAUUUAAUAAAUGAAAAAAAAUAAUGAUCACAGGAUUCUCAGGAAUAUAUGAAAAGUGGAUGCAUUUAAUGAUAACAGAGAGUUAUAAAAACAGAGAGUCGCAAAGAUUACAAUAAAUGAAAUGAUGAGAUGAAUGUAAAGGCGUUAAAUAUAUAAUUUCUUUUACACUCUAUUACAAAUUCUAUUAAAACAUUGAAAGUGAAGAAAAGAUGAUGAGAAAUGAUUAAUAACAUAAUAAUGAUUAAAAAAAAACAAUAAAUAAGCAUAUAACACAACAAUUUAAUAGACAUAUAAUAAUGAUAAUAUAUAUAGAGACUAUUUAUCGUUACUUGAAUGUGAAUGAUGAUAUAAUUUUAAACACAGAAUGACUAAACUAGCCCAAGGAGUAAAAGAUGAUUGGAGGAUGAUGAGAGUUUUUUGGGAUUAUUGCAUACUUAUGAGCAUUAAGAAGUAAAUUCUUAAAAGUUUGAGGAAAAUAAAUUGCAGAAAUCUAGUUUGUAGUCUGUUGAUCUAUUGAUUGACUAGAAUCUGAAUAAGAUUGACUUGGUUUACUAGAUUAGACUAGAUAAAUCUAUGAAAAUUUGACAAAAAUCAAGAACUUACAACAGUUUUGUCACUAGUUUUGACUUGAUUUAUCAAUUAAUCUGAAUUUUAACUGUGACAGCAAAAACGAUAAAUCAAAAUUCUGCAGUUUUUGAAUUUUUAAGUAACAUCAAGCUAGAAUACACCAUAAGCGUAAGACAGAAACAGUUGAUUCAAUAUUGAUAUGUUUGAAUGUCAAGUUACCUCAAACUGUUGAGACUAGACAUCUAUUAAGUAAAUCAGACUCAAUUAGAAUAGCUAAGUCUGCAAUUCUUAUAAUAACUAGUUAGAUCAGCUCAUAAAAAAUCAUGUCAUGCAAAAAGUCCUCUAGAAGAUCCUCGAUAAAUCCAUCGAUCAUCUCGAGACUCCACAAACCAAACAAUUGCAAUAUCCAAUUGAAAUUCUUUCUUCCUUUGCAUAUGUUUUAUUUGAAUAAUAAUUGGAAGUGCUUCUUUAUAUUAAGAUAUAACCUAUCACAUGAGGAAAAAAAAUUAAGCAUACAAUAUUAAUUACAUUACAUAUUGAGAAAAAAAAUGAUGAUCAAAUAAUCGAAACUACUUAUUGGUGUUUUUUAACUAUCGAAUCGGGAUUGUUUGGGAAGUGGAAAUUAGGUAAAAAAUUUUGCGAUGAAUUCAAUAAGGAAAAAAAAAAUCUUGAGACUGUUUUUAAUAACAUAAAAAUAGAAUAUUAACACUAUACACACAAUUGAUAAACUAGAUAUAUUAUAUUAUUAUACACAUAUAUUAGUAGGCAAAUUUGAAUAAUCAGAAAAUAAGAUAAAUUUACAAUUAGUAAACUCAAAAAAUGAAAAGGAAUGAGUAAAUCUAUUGAAAAAGUCUGGAUAAAAAAAUAAUUUCUUUAUUUCUCGAAAAGCAUUGUAUUUUAGUGAAAAAGAAAGUCUUGCUGCAUAUUCUUUCAUACCACACAUUCACUGCCCGUUGAACCGUUUUUAAGUUUGCGUCAACAAUAAAACAUUAGAAAAAAGCUCGUUUAAGUUAAGAAUGUUUGACUGAUAGGAAAAUUAAAGUUUAAAGUUUUUUCGAGUUAUUUUGUGGAUGUUGCAAAAAUGGAUCAAAAAGAAUGUCAAGUUCGGGUGAGGAUCUCUUCUUUGGGUUUCAAUUUGACUAAAAUAAUUGAAAACCUUUAGCAAGGUCAUAAAUAGAUCCAAAAAAUCACCCUGAAAGGUUUCAACAAAACAAAACAAAACUCACCAUUAUCAUCACUGUAUUAGGUAUCUAUUAAGGACAUAAUAUUAAAAAAAAAAACUAAACUAAAAUCCAUGUAAUAAUAAUUUUUCCUUUUUGAGAAAAUAAAUUAGAUAAAAAAUGAGAAUGAAAUGAAUUGCCAUAAAAAAGUCUGUUUAACACUAAGUUUUAUUAAAUGAAAAAAUUAAUCAUUAUUUGUAUUGUAAAACGUUACUUGUCGUAAGUUAAAAGAAAAAGGUAGAAAUUAGUAAUUUUUAUUACCAUUUCUUAUUGAAAUUGUGGAUAUAAAAUUAAAAAAAAAACUAAUGCAAAAAAGAUCCUACUUAGAUUGUAAGUGAAAAUUUGAGGAACUAGCAAUGGGUGGGCAAAUUUGGAUAAGAAAAUUAGUCAUAGAAUGUUUUUAAAAAAGGAAAAAGAGACUAUGUAAAGAAGCUAGUAGUCGAUCAUACACAAAAAAUAUACUCAUCACAUGCUCACUCCAUUCCUCAAAUUUCCAAGUCUAUGCAGGAAUAAAAUUAAUAGCAAAUUAUUGGUUGCAUUAAGUAAGAUGAAAGCAUUUAGUAGUUGUUCUUUUGACUAAAUUUACAAUGAAAUUCUUUUUUCAUUUUUAUAUGAUGUCAUUGUAACUCCAACACGAGUUAAUCAGGGUACAUUUUUUGAUGAAGACUGGAUGAGAAAACUUAAAAUUGGGAAAAUUGUUCACUUUUAAAAAUAAAUUGGUCAAAAGUAUUCCUUUAAAUUUAAGCAAUCCUAGAUAUCUUGUAUCUUGGUGACCACACUGCCUGAAAUGUUAAGCAUUGCCUCAGUUUCAAAUGUCAAGCAAGUUUUGAAAUAACCCAUAAAACCUCAGCUUCCAAAUGCUCCAGACUUCUUCGAAAAAAAAUGUACUCAAAUUCUCGUUAAAUACCAAAAGUUUAUGCUACAAGAAAAAAAUUUUAACAUAAGAAUUAAUUAACCAAUUAAUAUAAUUUCGUGUGAAGACUAUUAUUAGGGCCAAAAAGUCUGUCUCUUAUUUCCGAUUAAGAUUGAGAAGUAAUGUUAAUUCGAAAAAAAACACAUAAAUUAAGGAUAAGUAACUUUAAAGUAAUUUAACCAAUCAAUUUGCAUUUAGAAGAAUGAAAUUUCUCUCCCAAUUAAUCUACUCGAUUUAAUCAAAUCAUGAUGGAUAUAAUGAUUUUAUAUUCUACAUUUUUACCUACUUAACUUUAGCUAUUUUCAACUUUAUAAAAAAAAAACAAUUUAUGAAAAUUAAUUAAAACAAUUUCUUUUUCACUCCUUAAUAAAAACUGUGAAACAGUUUUGUUUUCGUUUUUAUCUCAUUAUUAAAGAAAUUCUUGUUAAUUAUUGUGUUUUAACUAAAUUAUUUGUUUUAAUUUCUUUAAGAAAUUUCAUGUGCAACCCUCAAAUUUAUUCCUUAUAGUUUAGUUGUGUAACAAUAUCAAAAAGAAAAUAAAAAUGAUGAAAAAAUAAUAAUAAUAAUAAUUAAAAAUAUAGAUCGCGAACUUAAUAAAAAGCAAAAAUUAAUGAAAAAAUGAAUUCAA